AUGAGCUUUCUCCCCUAUCUAUUUGUCUCGCAGGUGAUCGGAGAUGGAAUGGAUCCCCACACGACCCCUGUCUCGGCGAUCAUGACCCGCGACCCGAUGGUCACCAUUGACACCACCUCGGCCACUGAAGCACUCACAAAAAUGCCGGUCUGUAACGAUGAAGGAGACAUGAUCGGACUGUUGGAUAUCACCCAAGUAUUCUACGAGUUGCUCAAGAAGCUCGAACGGGCCUGCUGCUCCUCGCAAAAGCUCUACGAUCCAAUUGAGGGGGUCCAGUCGGAGUUUAGCAACGGGAUGCGCGGGGCGACGCCGGGGGCAGUGAACCCGCUGAUGGUGUACGUUGAGGCGCUCCGGAACAAGAUUUCCUCCCCCGAUCUGGGCUUGAUCCUCGAUGCCCGGACGAGCGCGGCAACGGUGGGCAACGACGGCAGGUGGAUCGCUGGGAUCUUCACCAGCAAGGAUAUUGUCCUCCGCGUCAUCGCCGCCGGGCUUGAUGCCCGCACCUGCAGCGUUGUCCGGGUCAUGACCCCUCACCCGAGACGGCCCUUCCAAGCCUGA